UAGUGUUGGUUCUGGAUGUAGCUUUUCUAUAUCCAAAAUAAUGAGAACUGUAACUACGUUUUUGGUGAUUUCCACAAGAAGAUGGAAUUUCCAGAAUGUAAAUCAUUUUUUCAUACUGACAGUCUAAAUGAAACUUUGAAAACUGGGCUUGCUGGUUUACAACGUGCACACUGUUGUCAGCUAGAGUCGUUUUUCAAAUACCUUAAAUCAUCUAGGAUGAACAUUUCUAAAAGUGGGCUACCUUGGACCUGAAAUUAGCAACUUUAGCCUAAGAGUAUAUAUGACGACAUCGUACUUUUAAAAAAAAAAUCUAUCUAGCUAUAGCUAUCUAUACAUAUCUUACAAUAGUGUGCGAUGGAUCCAGGACUUCUUGAAUUUAUACUUCAGUUUCCCCCCUGGCAAAAUUAUCAGUAGGAGAGUUAAAUGGUGCUGAUCGCGGACAACGGGGAUGGAGGAGCGUCCUCUUCUGUGAAACUAACUCGGCAAAUUCAGCAAACUAAAAGUGGGAGCAAUGUGGUGAUCGUUGCGGACGGGGAAGUUUCUUCCCUGGAAACAAAUGCUGAAUCUGAUCAUUUCAACGGUUGUGAGAGUUUAGACCAGGAGGAAGAUGAUUUAUCCGAGUUGCCAGAUACGUGCAGUAUAGCCUCGGAUGAUUCGUUCUACCCGUCCGACGACCUCCUCCUGUCCAUUUUGGAUAAAGAGAGAGGGGAGACUCCGGAGAGCCCCGCGCCCCUCUCCUUUUUCCAAGCUUGUAGCACUAAUAACCCCCUCGUGGUUAAAGGCAUGAUCAGACAAGGAGUUACGGAAGAUCAAGUCAGGGAAACGGAUAAAAACAACCGGACUGGACUGAUGGUUGCCUGUUACCAUGGCUAUGUAGACAUAGUGAUAACUCUUGCUCAAUGCCCCUAUAUUGAUGUGAACUGGCAAGACAGUGAAGGAAACACUGCUCUCAUAACUGCUUCCCAAGCAGGGCACAUAACUGUCUUGAACUACUUGCUGAACUAUUACCCUGGCCUGGAGAUUGAGAGGAGGAAUGUACACGGAUUCACACCACUAAUGAAAGCUGCAAUGCAGGGGAGAGCUGAGUGCGUCAGAACGUUAUUGUUAGCAGGUGCUGAUUUUCAAGCUACAGACCCUGGUCGGAAGCUGACACCCAGAGAAUGGGCGCUGUUCACAGGACGCUUUGAAACAGCCUACCUGAUGCACCAGCUGAUGGUCCGGCCUUGCCCGGAACAGUUGUCUGCCUCCUACAAGCCUGAGUGGCCCAGCCUCAAGGAGCUAGUGGCCAAGGCAAGAGUGCAGAAGGGCUGCUUACAGAGGGUCUUGGAGAGAGUACGCUCUGCAUUCACCUUCAACUUACCCCACAACCCUGAGGAAAAUGGUGUCAUGGACCAUAUGGUUAGGGUGACAACAAGCCUGGGCAGCCCUUUUAUAGCAACAGCCUGCCAAACAGUGUGUCCUGACAGCCCGCCCUCUGUGGGCAAACAGCGUUAUGCUGUACAGGAGAUCCUGAGGAAGCAGCAGGUAGAACAGUUAAAGAACCAGGUCCCAGAGCAUCUCAACAACUAUAAGAAGCUCUUUCACGACUCAAGGGUCUUGUUGGUUCCUAAAAAGAAAGACAGGUGGGCUAGCCUGCAGCCUAACAGUCUGCCUGCCAAUUCAGCAACGAUUGUGGCUGUGAGGUGCAGCAGCCUGCUGAGGAAGAAGAGCGUGCGCCCUGGCAUUGUAGUGCCCAAAGUGCGAGUGUCCAAAGCACCUCCCCCCACUUACGUGCCUGAGAAGGUGAGGAGAAAAAGCAGCUCUAAAGAUAACCAGUUCCUGCAGCCUCCCAAGUGGAGGUACAGAGAGCUAAAGGAGGAGCGGAAGAAGGCAGAAGAUGAGAGGAAGAAAGCUGAGAAAGCAAUCCAGAAACAUUUGGUUUCAGGAAAGAAGCUGUGACCUUUUCUGUCAGCCCUGGCUAUAAAGACAUUUUGUUGAAGAUUAGGUUUAACAGAUUAAGGACUAACCUAAUUCUAUUCUAGUAUGUUUCAAAUUUGCAUUGCAGAAUUUCUUACUUGGACUACUUUUAUUUAUAUUUAUUUUUUCCUUCAUUUAUUUCUUUUGAAGCUGAUGAUGCUUUUUGUUUUAGUGGGAGACACACUGAAAUUAUUUAGACAAAACUAGCAGAAAUAUUUGAAGAACCAGGAUUUCUGUGUUGCGCUUAAACUUUGGAAAUGCCAUGGAAAUAUAAGACUUAUUCAUAUAGUUUGAAGUCUAAAGCUGCAAAAGUCGUGAUGUUUUGUUGAUGUUACUAAAUGCCGUAUUCCUUCAAAUUUAAGACGCAGCCCAAAUUUCCCACCCUCAACUUAAGUAAAAAUUAAAAAAUCAAAUCCAAAAAUGGCACAUGGAGGCCGUCUGCUGUCACACAGAGCAUUACAGUUAUGCGCUGCUUCUCAUUUUCAGUUGUGAUUACUCGCAUCUGUUUUU